AUGUCCUCCCCUCUCCCCUCCUCCUCCUCCUCCACCCUCCUCCAAUUCAACCCCCUCCCAACAACCAUCUCCCCCUCCUUCUGGCACGCCCUCACAAGUCUCAAGCUGAACCACCUCCGCUUAUCGGAAGAUGCAAUCCCUGUAAUGGGAAGCUAUACGGUUGGAAGAGUUGUCAAGGAUCGGAGGGGCGGAGAGAAGGGGAGGAUAGUGGAGCUAGGCGGGUCUUUGAGCCUUUUGGAGGAGGGACUGGGAGGGGGAGCAGAAGCCCCAGCUGAAGGGAUCUCGGUGGGGGCGCACUUUCCCACUUCUUCUGCUUCGUCUUCCUCGCGGCUCUCGGUGACUGUGAGGGGAAUGCUGAGGAAUUACAACACUGCACCUCAAUUCACUUCUGCGGAUAAGAAUGAGAUCUUUAGUGAUCUGGCGCAAGAGAUACUCAACGAUCUCCUCACUUCACCCGAUCCCCUAGAUGCCGUCACCCGAUUCACCGUUCUAGCCUUUGCAGACCUCAAGAAAUACAAGUACUACCACUGGGCGGCCCUCCCCGCCCUCAUUGCCCAGCCCAACUGGCAGACGAGCUCUCCCGGCUGGAAGAGCCUGCAAGAGGAGUGGACUGGGAAAGGGGAGGAGGAAGGGGAGGUCUCGCCGAGACGGAUGCAAAGCUUGGCAGAGGCAUUCAAGGAGCACUGGCAACGCUAUAGGGGUGAGAGCGAGGCGGGGUUCUGUCUUGUCAAGGUUGGAUCAGAGGCAUGUCAAGUCGGCAUGGUGAGAGAUUUCCAGACGUUCUUUGCGGGUGUGCCAAACGAAGAGCGCGUCGUCCUAUUCAUCGACCCUUCUGCAACUCCUUCGGUUCCGGGCUGGCCAUUGAGGAACUUCCUCGCCCUCCUCUCCGUACGCUUCCAAGUCAGACAGAUACGAGUCAUCUGCUGGCGGGACGAGCUGGACGACAAUGCAGUAGGGGAGAGGAGCAUCAUUGGCAAUGUCUUCCUACCUGCCGAGGAGGGCCAGAGUGGAAGUAGAGUAGUCAAGGGUGAUGGGAGCUUGCCGAUUGCAGCCACGCAAUCCGACUCAGCUCGUCCCGUGGCGAUUGGAUGGGAGAGGAACACACAAGGGAAAUUGGCGCCGAAAGUAGCAGAUCUGGGCCCUCUGAUGGACCCAAGAAGACUGGCAGACCAGGCCGUAGAUCUCAACUUGAAGCUGAUGAGGUGGCGGAUCAUGCCCGAGAUCCAGCUCGAGAAGAUUGCAUCGACCAAGUGCUUGCUGCUAGGCGCAGGCACGCUGGGUUGUUACGUAGCGAGAGUUCUGAUGGGCUGGGGCGUGAGGAACAUCACGCUGGUUGACUCUUCCCGGGUCUCCUACUCUAACCCUGUCAGGCAGCCACUCUUCGAGUUCGAAGAUUGCCUCGAUGGAGGGGAGCCGAAAGCAGCGUGUGCUGCUGAUAGACUGAAGAAGAUCUUUCCCGGUGUUAACGCCGAAGGUAUCAUGUUAUCAGUCCCAAUGCCCGGUCACGGCCUCUUCUCCUCCUCGUCAACCUCAAGCAAAGUCGAAGCCUCAACGCGUCGCGAAGUCGAGCAGCUGGAAUCCCUCAUCGACUCACACGACGCCGUCUUCCUCCUGAUGGACUCGAGGGAAAGUCGUUGGCUGCCAACGAUGCUGGGCGCGGCGAAGGGUAAGAUUGUGAUCAAUGCGGCGCUGGGAUUUGAUACGUACUUGGUUAUGAGACAUGGCGCUGGGCCGGCGCUUGAGGGUGGGAGUAAGGAUGAGGUCGACAGGGACAGGCUGGGCUGCUACUUCUGCAACGAUGUGGUAGCUCCUUCGGACUCUCUGACUGAUCGAACGCUGGACCAGAUGUGCACCGUCACCAGACCGGGACUCGCGGCCAUCGCAGGCGCCUCGGCAGUUGAGCUGCUCGUGUCACUUGUGCAGCACCCAGAUGGUGUUUCCGCUCCAGCCCCAACACCAAGCACCUCCGGAACCUCCAGCAGCAUCACCACCUCCUCAGCAAGCUCCUGCCUCGGCCUCCUCCCACAUCAGCUCCGCGCCAACCUCUCCACCUUUUCGACCCUUCCCCUCACCGCACCCGCCUACGCACGCUGCACCGCCUGCUCCUCCGCCGUCGUGCAGGCCUACCGCACUGAAGGCUGGGAGAUGCUUCGAAAAGCUCUGGGCGCUGAAGAGGGCUACUUGGAGCGAUUGACGGGACUGGAUGUCAUGUAUGCGGAGACGGAGAGGAUGCUGAUGGAGGAUGGAGGGGUAGAGGAGUGGAGUGAGGGAGAGGAAGAGGGGGAGGGGGAACUACUUUGA